CACUCUCUAGCCACACCUCUCUUGAGAAAUGAAGGAAUGUUAUUUGACACUCACAGUGCUGGCUAGAGGACCUGGUACACAACACAAGGCCUUAAGGAGGACAACACCUCUCCAAGCAUACUAUUACAAUAUUAAGAACCAUGGACAAUUUGGAGGACCCUUUAUCGUACCUACCGGACCCUCCUGACGAGCCGUUGCCUAGCGACUGUUGUGGCACAGGGUGCACUCCAUGCGUUAUGGACAUCUACCACGAUGAGCUGCAAACAUGGACGACACUGGUUGCCAUGACACCACUGGAAAGAGCCGCUUGGAGACGUGAAAAACUGGGACGUUUAGAGGGAAGAGAGUUGCCUGUCAAGUCUGCAUUGUCUACAAAUGAGUUCACAGCACUUACGGUGAAGGAUAUUGUACAAGUUACAGAGGAUUCAUUUGUGUACACUAUAUCUCUGCCUGAGGGUCGUUGCCUGGGUUACCAGCCUGGCCAGCACUGCAUACUCAGGGGGUUUGUUGAUUCUUCUGAAUGCUCUGUGACUAGACAGUACACACCAAUCUCUCCACCGGAUGAAGAUGGUUCCUUUGCUGUGCUUAUCAAGUUGUACAAAGAUGGACGUGUGUCGGAGGUGAUUAGAGCGUGGGCGGUGGGAACAGUGACUGAAUGGAAGGGGCCGUUUGGUGGACUCAACUACAAGCCAAACAAGUACAGACACAUUGGCAUGCUGGCCUGUGGGACCGGGAUAGCACCCAUGAUCCAAGUCAUCAGAACAAUCAUUGAGAACGAGGCUGACGACACCUUCAUACAUCUUGUCUAUUCCUCCAGCACACAACACACUGUCCUACUAAAGAAAGAACUUGACAAAUACACUGCUUAUUGGAACUUUAGAUCACUGUACGUACUUAGCAAGGCUUCUGAACAAGACACUAAAGCUGAUCCGGGACUGAUGAAGUAUGGAGAUAAAGUACACUAUGGGAGACUAGACUGUGAGGUGGUGGGCAGGGAAAUGCCUCGGGCAUGUACAGAGAGUCAUGUGCUGAUCUGUGGAACUAGGUCAUUCGACAAAGACAUGAUAAACCAUCUUAGUAAGAUAGGCUAUUCCAAAAACAUGUAUCACAAAUUUUAAUUUUAAUGGAGAGUCAACAUUUUUUUAGUUCGUACCAUAAUCAAAUGCAACAA